AUGUCUGGGUAUUACUCGGACGAUGAGUUCGAGUGUGAAACCUGCGACCGUGUUUUUUAUUCCCAGCAUGCUGUGAGCCAGCACAUGAACGCUUUGGAUCACUGGGCGUCCCAGUUCGAGUGCGAAACUUGCACCCGUGGAUUUUCUUCCCAGCAUGCCGUGAACCAGCACAUGAAUGCUCUGGAUCACUGGGCGCCCGAGUUCGAGUGCGACACCUGUGACUUCAGCUCCUCCUCCGAGUCUGUUGUAAACCAGCACAUGGCGGACGAGGGCCAUUACGAACACUACUGCACCGGUUGCCGACGACAAUUUCAAAAUGACAACAAUCUGCAAAUGACGGGCUCUUGCCCUCGCGCCCCUAACGUUGAUCGUGCAACUCUCCGCGAUAUGAUCCGCCGACGCGAUCCUAAGGGCGUCAUUUCCAACAAGCUGCUUGAGUGGCACCAGGACGAAGAUGCUCAAUAUGAAAUAACUAAUCGUGCCUUUAACGGUAGUGGUUGGGAGUGCUAUCUAUGCCACAGGGAAUUUGUUCAUAGCCGUGCGCUGAAUCAGCAUAUCAACUCGCCGGCCCACCAGCAAAAGGCUUAUCAUUGCCCGAAUGGGCGAUGCCAGAAGCAGUUCGUCAUCCUGGCCGCUCUAUUCCAUCAUCUUGAAAGUGAAACUUGCUCUUUCAUGCGCUUUGAGCGAGUCCAGCGGGGCUCACGUGCCAGCCCUUAUCAAGACCUCUUCCCAAAGCGGCCUAGCGUCGAUCAGCCCUCCGGCAGCUGUUGCCGCGAGCGACUGACCGAGCUUCGUCACAUCUUCCUCUUGCUGGCUGGCCCUGGCUGCACUCUUGAUUCGCGGUUCGCUCGGUUUAGCAUUCUCCCCUGGCGUCUCAUGCCCAAAUUGCCCCCAUCUCUCACUCUGUCUCUCACCCGAUUCUCCUCCGACGAACCCCCCCAGAUUCCUCACGCUCCAACCGACGUGUCUGACCCCGACCCCAUUGCUGCCCACCAGUGA